UUUCCUCCAGUUUGACCGGCGGUCGCGCUUCAGUAUCAUUCAGGCUGCAGCUGCUGGCUUGCGCGAGGGCCUGCUGCUUAACUCCCACUCCUCUUUUUCCAGUCCGUCGCUGAAGUACACUUGUCGCGCAUUUCCCACCAUGGCUAACCGGGAUGAUUUAGUAUACCAAGCCAAGCUUGCUGAACAAGCGGAGCGAUAUGACGAAAUGGUGGAGUCCAUGAAGAAAGUGGCUGGGAUGGAUGUCGAGCUCACAGUCGAGGAGAGAAAUCUGCUGUCGGUGGCCUACAAGAAUGUCAUUGGAGCAAGAAGAGCAUCCUGGCGGAUAAUCAGCAGCAUUGAGCAGAAAGAAGAAAACAAGGGUGGAGAGGACAAAUUGAAGAUGAUCCGGGAGUACAGGCAAACAGUUGAGACGGAGCUGAAAUCAAUUUGCAACGACAUCCUUGAUGUGCUGGACAAGCACCUUAUUCCAGCUGCUAAUUCAGGAGAGUCUAAGGUGUUCUACUACAAAAUGAAGGGUGACUACCACAGGUAUCUCGCUGAGUUUGCCACAGGCAACGACAGGAAGGAGGCUGCAGAAAACAGUUUGGUUGCUUACAAAGCUGCUAGUGAUAUUGCAAUGACAGACCUUCAACCUACACACCCCAUUCGUUUGGGUCUCGCUUUGAACUUCUCCGUAUUCUACUAUGAAAUCCUCAACUCUCCUGACCGUGCUUGCAGGUUGGCAAAGGCAGCAUUUGAUGAUGCUAUUGCUGAGCUUGACACAUUGAGUGAAGAAAGCUACAAGGACUCCACACUCAUCAUGCAGUUGUUACGUGAUAAUCUCACACUAUGGACUUCAGAUAUGCAGGGAGAUGGUGAGGAACAGAAUAAAGAGGCGCUGCAAGAUGUGGAGGAUGAGAACCAGUGAAACAUCACAGCCAAUAUGAGACUCCAGCCCACUCGCCCCCUUCCCAAAGCCCACUCAUAAAGGUGGCCACCAAGCCCAACCUCAAGAAUGACGCGCAACAGCUUGAUGCCUCCGUUUUUGGUGUUUUUGUUUUUUUUGUUUUGUUUUUUCCUCUGUUUUAUUUUUAAUAUCCAUUAUUUUUUAUUAUUCUUUAAUUGAAACAAAAAACCACUUCCAAAACCGACAUCAACUGUAAUUUCUGAUGGGCAGAGCUUAGACAUUUUUGGAUUUUUUUUUUUUUUUUUUUUGUGUGUGUCCUGGUACAAUGUUCCUUUUUCUUUCUUUCUUUUUUUUUUUUUUUUUUUUUUAAGUUUAUUUUCAUUGUUCCUCAACAUUUUAUCAGUUGCUGGAUAUAUUUGAGUUUUUUCUUUCAUAAUGUAAGUGCAAAAUUAACUUUUAUUACUAUUACUGAUAUGUCUACUAUUAGGCUAUUAGUUGUUGGAGCUGUAAUAUUUGUGUUAGUGCAAUUAUGAAAUGCAGUUAAAAUGAUUAAACCUUGGAAAGGGCAAGUCAAAAAUAAAGUGCUCUUUUUUUUGUCAAUUUAGAUCUUCAGAGCAAGUUUGCAAGUUUCUUUAUCCAUGUGGAGCAAAAUGCUUAACAUCACAAAGUAGGAGUUACGUAGUGAUACUUAGCAGUGGUGCGGACUGUAAUUUGUGCUAAAAUACUGUAUUAUGCACAUAGGCUGAUGGUGGAUGGAUAGUUGCAGCUCUAAAAAUUGAAGGAGCCUUGUUGCUUUUAGAACUAAAAAUGCAGGUCUCCAUUGGCUGUUUUGAAAAUAUUAAAAAGCACUAAUAAAGUUGAUUUUAAGCUCUCACAAGUAUAUGAAAUAUAUUUCCCUUCUUCCCCCAAAUUUAUAUAUUGCCUACUAUUUCCUCUGUAUUUUUGUUCAUAUUUAAUUUGAUUCUAAUUUGUACUACUACUGGAAAUUUGACUGGAGCCACAGACAAAGAAAUCUGUAUUAUUGUUCUUAUAGAGAAACAGCAUGGAAUUAACAUUGGAGUUAAAAUAAAACUGCCUCAAAUAAAA